AUGACCAUCAACACCCUGGCUAAAGGAGGCUGGCACCGGGAGCAAAUGACAUGUUUUCGAAAAAUGGAGAAAGUGAUUGUGGCCAUGCAGGACCCUGACAUGGGCAUGAAGAUGAGAAACCAGAGGCUCCUCAUCACUGUCAUCCCACACGCCAUGACAGGCCGUGAUAUUAUUGACUGGUUGAUCCAGAAAUACAUCAUAUGUGAGGAGGAGGCUCUGCACCUUGGUGCCAUGCUUGUGAGAUACGGGUAUAUAUAUCCACUCAAGGAGCCGAGAUCCCUCGUGCUGCGUCCAGAUGAGACGCCCUAUCGCUUCCAGACUCCUUACUUCUGGACUAGUACCCGGUGGCCUGCCUCAGAGCUGGAUUAUGCAAUCUAUUUGGCCAAAAAGAACAUAAGAAAACAAGGAGAACUGAUGGAAUAUGAAAAGGAGAGGUACAGUGUGUUGCACAAAAGGAUCAAUCACACCUGGGACUUUGUGGUGAUGCAAGCCAGGGAGCAACUCAGAGCAUCCAAACAGAGGCGGAAGGCUGACCGUAUUGUCUUAGAGUGUCAGGAGCAGGCUUAUUGGCUCAUCAACAGAUCCCCGCCUGGGGGGCAUAAUGUGCUGGACAUGGGUCUAGAGAGAGAAAAUAACCCCAAUUUACCAGUUACAGUGAACAGUGACUACUACAAAAGAGAGAUUGAUACCUGUAGAAGGGCCCUUGGAAGAAACCGUGUGAAGUCAUCCAUCUGCCUUGAAAGUUUUCUGAAAUACAGCGAGCAGUACCAUAACCAUGAUCCCAUUAUGCAAGGCUGUCUUCCCAGCAACCCCUGGAUCUCUGAUGACACUGCCCAUUGGACAAUGAAUGCAGAAGUGGUGCCUACCCCAACACGUCUGCGAGUGGAGUGUUGGAGCUUCAGCUUCAUGGAGCUUCUCAAUGACGCCAUGGGGAGGAAGGAGUUCAUGACCUACCUGGAGAAAGAGUUUAGUGCGGAGAACCUGUGCUUUUGGCUGGCCUGUGAGGAGGUUAGACAUGGAGAAACUUCCAGAAUCAUAGAGAAAGUGGAGGAAAUCUACGAAAAUUUCCUGGCGCCUGGAGCUGCACGCUGGGUGAACAUUGACAGCAAGACCAUGGAUAAGACUUUAGUGGGGAUCCAACGCCCACAUCGCUUUGUCAUGGAUGAUGCACAGAUGCACAUCUACUUCCUCAUGAAGAAGGACUCUUACCCAAGAUAUCUGAAGUCUGACCUAUACAAGAACAUGCUGGCCAAAGCUGUUGUCCCCCAGGAAACUAAGAAAAGUGUGUUCCCCUUCAUGAGACGCCAGCGGCACGCAAGCCCCUCCCCUGCUCAGGCUACCGGCCAGGCGACGGAGGAAGACGGGGGUGCCAAGGGAGCCGGGCAAGCAGGUACCAACUCUGCAGCCGGCUCCCAUGCCUGA